CUUUCCUCAUUCAAUUCUCAGAAUCUAGCCAGAAUGCCACUUUCAUGAUAAAACCAACUUGCUGAAAAGAGGAGAGAAAUCAAGCAACUUGGAAGAAAACACCAGGCAUGACAAGUAACAUGUUGAUGGUGGCAUUCCUCAUAUUGAUGUUGAUUUCAUCAACCACCCCAACAGAAAUUGAUGCAAGGAACCAAGACCUAGUUGCAGCCACUAGGGAGAUGCAAAGGGCAAAUUACUUCACAUUUGUAAUGCUCAUCAACAUGUCUCCACUUGACACAAGACUUGAGGGGAAUGUGACUUUCUUGAUGCCAAAUGAUCGAAUGCUAGCUAACAUGGUCAUGCAAGAAGGGUCAGUUUCUGGCUUCUUGCUUAGGCAUUCAAUUCCAUCACCAUUGCUCUUUGAUGUCUUGGAACAAUUCCCCACAGGGACCACUAUUCCUAGUUCACUUCCAAAUUGCAUGCUAAGAGUCUCAAACAAUGGUAGGAAGAAUUAUGUUAUAAACAAUGUGAAAAUUAUCAGCCCAAAUAUAUGUGUAGGAGGGUCUUCAAUUAGAUGCCAUGGCAUAGAUGGGGUUCUGUCAGAAGCAUGUACAUCAAUAGCUCCUCCUCCUACUAUGGACAACCUUAAUCCUUAUGCAACAGCACCCAAUGUUGGGCCACACAGAUCAGGGUCUCCCCAUUUGCUGUCUAGUGAUGGAUCAUUGAAUUUUGUAGUGAUGAUGUUGUCACUUAUAGGAAUCUACUUUUGAACCAAACAUAUUGAUGACAAACUUAUGCUGAUUGUUGAAUUAGGGUGCAAAGGAUUCAUUAUUUUAAGCCUAUUGAUUUUAUUAUAA